CGCCGGUCGGACGGUCUAGCUGAUGUGGCAGAAGGAAAAUCCUCUGAAUAGAAAGAAAAAAUCCUGUUUGCUUCUCAGAUACUUUUUUUUCAAACAUAACAAGACUAACUGUUGGGUGUGAGGUGUAAGUGAUAUGCAGAUAUUACUCGCGCCGUUAUUCGUUGGAAGGAAGAAAGAGAGUGCAUUUCCUUCGUCGGUAUUUGUUGUUUGGAGUUGGGUGUGAAAAUAUGAUCUUUCUUUUAUAUGAAACGAGAACACAUUGCAGAUGAAAUAUUAUAAAAGAACACGAGGUGUGAAAUAUGUGGGAAUAAAUUUCAUUUCCCCUUUGUUUUCUGAUUGCCCGACCAGGUGUUGAAUAAUGAAUCUAAUAAACACGAUCUGAUUUGACUGCGUGUCGACGAAAGCCGCCUGAAAGCCAGUGGGUGAGAUUGGGAACAGAGAAGAUCCCGGUGUUUGGAGGAUAUUUAUUUGUUUACGGAGUGCGCGUUUUGCUGUGCUGCGAAAGCGGUAUGAAAUAUUGCACGAAGAGACGAAUUAAUGAGAUCGUAUGUACACGCGUUGGCUGAUGAUCUCGACAGAGACCACCUAUGAAAUGAUCGUCGCUAAAAAUAAGCCGCGUCGUGUGUUGAACCUGUUCAGGUAGUGUUUAUACGUGAUUUACGUAGGAAACUUUACAAUAAUAAGCCCGGUGCUGAAUAUUGAGAGGCUUAGUAAUGAUUAGUUAAAAUAACGAAAAGAAGAAAAAAGUUUUUCCUAACCAAGUGGAGUGAAAAGAUGGAGUGGAAUAGUGGAAACAGUAGUAGCACAGGGGAUGAGUCCUAUCCCCUGGCAGACAGUAGCAGUACAACUGCAACAACGUUCACGAAAUUGGGAGUGGUGGCGCCAGCAUUAUCACCACCUGCUGCCGGGCUCACAUUUCCUUCCGAUCUGCUCACGUUGAUCCGGCAGACGGCUACCGUAUCCGCUUCGAGCAAUCUUUCGUAUCUGCUGAGUAACUUCACGAAGGCACUGACAUCGACGAACACGGAAUUCAAUAUAUCACGAAGAUUUCCACCCUACCCGUUCUUCCCGUUCUACAAUGAUUCAGCGUUCGAUUCUUGCCCUUCCAUUCAAAUGCCGAUAGGGAAUUUGAUCUCCAUGAUUUUGUAUGCCAUCGUUGCCAUCAUCGGACUGUUUGGAAAUACACUCGUAAUCUAUGUAGUGCUACGAUUCUCCAAGAUGCAAACCGUUACCAAUAUGUACAUCCUGAAUCUGGCUAUUGCGGAUCAGUGCUUUUUGAUUGGAAUUCCAUUCCUCAUCACCACGAUGCACCUGGGUGAAUGGACAUUCGGAAAUGGCAUGUGCAAGGCGUAUAUGGUUUCCACUUCAAUAACGCAGUUCACAUCGUCAAUCUUUCUGUUCAUCAUGUCGGCCGACCGCUACAUUGCGGUAUGUCAUCCAAUUUCAUCGCCCCGCUUUCGGACACCGAUGGUAUCAAAAAUUGUAUCAUUUUUCGCCUGGACAACGUCCGCACUCAUAAUGCUACCGGUGAUGCUGUACGCUAAUACGAUUCAACGCGAGAAGGGAAAACUUUCGUGCAACAUAGUGUGGCCCUCGGAAAAUGCCGGCAACUCCGGUACGACUUUUACGCUCUAUUCUCUCAUCCUUGGAUUUGCGUUUCCCCUCUCACUGAUUCUUAUGUUCUACUAUUUGGUAAUACGGAAACUUCGUACGGUGGGCCCAAAAAACAAAUCCAAAGAGAAGAAACGUUCCCAUCGCAAGGUCACCAAGCUUGUGCUCACUGUCAUCACUGUGUACGUGCUCUGCUGGCUACCGUACUGGAUCUCACAGGUAGCCCUCAUACAUUCUCCACCGGACGUUUGUAAAUCGCGACUGGAAAUCACAGUCUUCGUCCUGGUCAGCUGCCUUGGCUACUCCAACUCAGCAAUGAACCCGAUCCUGUAUGCCUUCUUGUCGGACAACUUCAAGAAAAGCUUCCUGAAGGCAUGCACCUGCACCAAGGGUAAGGACAUCAACGCACAGCUGCAAAUCGAAAACAGUUUCUUCCCCCGUUUCGGACGGAAUCGGGGCUCCGAAAGGGGUAACUCAACGAAAAUCCUUCACACCGGCAGACAAAAGGUAGCCGAUCAGAGCCACCCUAACGACACGGUCAACAAUUACAAUAGUGGCAACGGAAACAAUACCGGUAGCGGUAGUGGCAGCAAUGGUGGCACAGUCCCCGGUGGUCUAACCAGUAAUGGAAACAAUGGAAACACGACAACGACUACGAAUGCGACCACGACCACCAACACGGCGGGGGGUGGAACGUCCACCUCGAAUGUAGUGCCGAUCGUCGGGAAAGUCUUCGAUGCCAGUUCCAGGCCGCCCGUUCUGCACACGGAUUUAUAAGUCGCGUGAAUAUGUGUGUGUCUGCUGCUGUGAGAUAAAGAAAACAUGGAACAUGGAACGGACCGGUAAUUGGUGCCCCGGUUCACUGCGUGAGUGCGUAGCGUUAGUUUAUACAGAAAAAUAUCAACAUCGAAGGAAGGAUGAUUGCCGCUUUUUUGUCGGAGAUGUUCUCAACUGCAUGGUUAUUGGACGACUCGCAGUUAAUGCACCGCAGGACCACGUUAACUGUAAUUUUCCCAUUUUUGUCACAGUGAGAAGAAGGGCACAUGUUGAACUUGACUGACCAAUUCGACUUGUGUUCACUGCUGCCGAUGCACACUGUAAAACGAGUAGUUGGAACAAUUUGUGAUGCAUUAAUUUUACUUAGAACUUCGCGGCUUGCAACAAAUAGUUCGAAUUUUUUUGUUUGGUUUGCGAUCUACUAAAAUAAGCUGUAAAUUUCGAUACAUAAUCAAAGUACCAGCAAACCGUCACGUCAUAAUAUUUACCGAUGAAUUACUGUGAUUAAUUAGUACAUGUUAGGGCAGCAGAAAAAUUGCUUUUGACACGAACUAGCUGCGUUUGGCCCAGCUUUGGGGCAUAAUCGAGUCGAUGCAAGAAAAUAGUAGUCGUUUUGUACUAUCGAAGGCGUAAGCCGUCAAUACAUACAUAAAUUGAUACAUAUUGAUUUCAGGGAGUAUUUUAACUAUUAGUAAAUUGUGCAAAAAAGAAAGUUUAUAUUGCAUGUGAACGAGAAGAACAAGCAGAAGACGUAUCAUUCGUUAGUUCGGUAUAGUCUUACUGUAUAUGAAUUAAGAUCGAUACUGAUCGUGAAGACUAAUUACUCUUGCAUAUAGCAGUAACUACUAGAUCAUUUUUCUCUUUGUGAAAAAUUUGCGUUACGUUACUAAAAAUCACGAUUAAGGUAUUUGAAAAACGUGAUUCAAAUGAAAAUGCACAAAAGAUUUAACAUCGAUAAAGUAAUAGUAAAUAUUUCGAAAGGGAAAAUGGACGCUGAAUGGAGCCCUUAUUAGUGUCUUUUUUCCUUUUUUCCCAUUCUAAACUAUGGUUGAAAUGUUCAACAAAGUGAAUUGGGAUGCUUUUACACAUUGCUUGAGUGGAGAUCCAUAAACGAGGUAUAAUCGUAAUCCAUUGAAGUUCGCAAACUAGCAUUAAGUCUGUGGUUAUUCCCGAAUACCGUGAAUAUGAGAAUUGAGAAAAGAUUGUGUACAUACAAGUGAAGUGUAUAGUUAGAAUUAAGAAGAGAUCAAUUGAAUAAAAAUGUUAUUUAGAAUCAA